GAUUGAGGUUGAUGUGCAGACACGCGCUCAAUCAUACACACACAGAAAUGAACAUAGUGAAUUGAGUGUCUGAAUUACAGUGAGUAGACAAAUGAUACAAUAGUUGAAAGGGCUUGCUACAAGGUUAUUAAUAAACGUCGUCCUAUAGUGAUUUGCACCAUAAUAUUCAUUUUUGUUAUCGAUUGCUAAUGAAUCUGUUGUCUUGAGUGCUGUUAAAGGUAUGGGGGCGGUAAUCACUUCCCGAUUGUCCAUACAGUGGAAGGGUUCUUCUCGAGAUACCUGAAGAGGAAAUUAGAUUAAAGGUCGACCUGAAAGCGUGAUCGCAAUGUCCAAGGGAUAACUGCUCGAGGUCGGUUACACAUAACCUUUUUGUGGGUAAUUUUCGUGUUAGCUCCGUACUUGUUGAAACCUUACCGCUGGAGACGGAUAUCCGUGGGAUUAGGCGAGAUGUGCACUUUUAGGGUCGACCUUUUCUAACCCUACCCCUCCUUGUGCUAAGGCAGCAUCGUUGUUAUGCUGGUUUUCUGAGGGAAACAGCUUAUUGCCGUCAAACCUUUGUAUAGUCAGCAGUACGACUUCGCCUUCGGACCUUAGUUUGCCGCUUUUAAUCUUACCGUUCUUCAACCGACCUGUCUGGCAUGGUAGGACCUUGAUGAACUAUUGUUCCAGCCAGUAUAACUCGAUUGGUUCACCACUUUAGACAAGCCCGACCACCACAUCAAGGUAGCUAAGGAGUUGAUUAUUCUGUUUACUCUCAAACUCAAACUGAUGGUACAAUAUUAACUUUUUUUUUACCGUCAACGUAACUACAGGGAAAACUGAAUGGAGUUACGAUAAAGGAUAUUUAUAUCAUCGUUAAAUAUAUGGUGAGAUUAUUUGCUAAUUAUGGAUUGGAAAGUGGGUAAACUAUUACUUAAACAUGUCUUCCUUGAAGGCUUGUCAGUCUACACAAAUUUCAACAGUUAGCCAUUAUCAACGUACAAUCUGGGGAAAGUGUGUAUUUCCCCAAGUUACCAUGUUAACACGACGAGAGUGAAGUAAGAUGAAUACCAAAAGAGAUCAAGAUAAUAUAGGAACAAUGAUAUUAGGAGUGACUGGACAUUAGGAAUAUAGAACAAAAAGGAAAAGCAGAGAGGUGUUGUGUAUGAUUGAGUACUGGAAUUCAAGAUCAAGACGACGAUUAGGGGUGAAUACAUCUGCUUCGUUGUGAACAAUUUUGAACCAUUGACAGGGGUUAAUGCAUGGACAUCAAACAGGUAGUCUGCACCUACAAAAACGGAUCAAGCCAAAAUUAAUUGACUUCAUGGAGUGAUGAAAUCUCUUGAUUUGGCUAUCCAUAGUUUUCUUUCAACCUACUCCUACACCAGUAAACAUCGCUCAUCGAACGAGGCGGUGGUUAGACAUACGUCACACAUACCCUAAAUUUCUCAGUCAAUGAAGAUUUACAACUUCACCAAUCUAUUUGCCUAGUACCUAUGACUAACUUCAUCAUCAUUCACUCCAUAAAACACGAACAGUGUUUAGAGGUUAGCUAUGAUUAAAAACCUACAGCCUACACAGUUAUCGUUAUCCGUAUGGUGAGCUGGGAUGCCAUAAAACUCACCUAAGUAUUUCUCAGUCUGACACAGUUUACCACCUUGGAUGUUAAAAUCACUUGUUGAGAUUAUCACUCCUGAGCUCCUGUUUUUUUUCUGAAGCAGAUUAUUCAGUUUCCUGUAAAACUCAUUUCCAUCGGAGCCGCAAUUAGUAGGGCUACUAUUCCAGUGAGACAGACCAGAUAUAAGCGGCUGCCAGUAGGAAUCUAAUCAAAAAGUAUCUCUUUAUCUUUCAAACUUAGUGCCACAUAUAUGCCUGCAAGAUCACGAGAAUUUACUGUCGCGUCCGCAAAUGCACUUGAAAUAAUUCGCGUUGGCUCUCUAUACUGGCUAGUUGAGGUCAAGUUGAUGACCAUGCUAGGAUCCUCAAUAUGUUUCGGUUAUAUCUAGAGCUUAGAUUCUUAAUAUACUGCUUAUGACUUGAGCACUCGAACUCUUGAACACUCCCAAGUCGCAAAUAAGAAAACAAGUGAAAGGAGUGUUAUUCCAAACAGUGUCAAUUAUAGUGAAAAUUCCCAUUUUGCCAUUUGGUAAAUAAAGAAGAAGCGAAUUGAGCGAAAUUUCUUUUCAAUUAGUUUUUCAUCAUGGUUCUACACUAAUAUAUAUAUAUUAUUUACAAUAAUGAUAUAAUACUCAUCGAGUGGAUACGUUACGUAAUAAUUACAUAGUGACAUUUGAAUUAAUAUUGAGUAAUUGGAAGAAAGAGAAUUAUUAAUAAUCAAAGUAAUUAUUCAAAAUCAAGACGUUGCUAUGUUGCGUAAUAUAUGAAAAAGAGAGAAAGAACAGAAUUUUUUAAUGGAUGGUCAAUAGAAUAGUAGUUACGUAAGAAUCAAGAGAUGAAUGUUGAGAAGUUCUAAAGUUCAAAAGUAACAAACAAAAUUACAAAAGUAAAAAAAUAAAACAAAAAAACAAGUGGAAGAAGUAUACAAAAUAGUUAAUUUAAAUGUCAUUAUGUAAUUAUUACGUAACGUAUCCACUCGAUGAGUAUUAUAUCAUUAUUGUAAAUCAUAUAUAUAUUAGUGUAGAGCCAUGAUGAAAAACUAAUUGAAAAGAAAUUUCGCUCAAUUUGCUUCUUUAUUUACCAAGUGUCAAUUAUGGUACAAAACUGUCAGGUAUUUAAAGUUCUUAGAAAAAAAACGAAAUCAUAAUCACAGUCCUCUAAUCCUCAUACAGGGGGUUAUUAGCAUUUGUCCAACAAAGGAAGCUACACGUAAUGAUUCUGGAAUAUUCUUCCAAAAGAUGAUUGGAUGGAAUAUCUUCAGCUUUUCUUGAGCUUCUUAGAGCUUCCUCGAGUUCACCUGUGGACUGUACUCACAGUUUCAUAAACACUAUGGAUCGGGAAUACAAGACUCUAGUACCUUAGCUAGUGACAUCUCUCGUCCGAUUUAACAUAGGGUUCGGACGUUGAAAGCCCCAACAUGUAUUUUGAUGUAGGAUUUCAAGAGAUCUGGGAUAGCAUUCUGUAGACUGCAAUUGUUAGCAUCGGUGGGACAUAUGAAAGAAGUCAAGGACAGAAGAUGAAGGUAUAUGGUGGAACUAGUAGAACUCUUGCGUAAUGAAGAUAGGGUUUGAUUAUGAAAAAGGCAAUUUUGUGUGCUGUUAGAGGCAUGAGGGCGAUCAUCACUUGUCAUGUCCACAUUGUCACAGUAUACUUAACUUGAGGUCUUAGUAGUAGCUUACUCCUAAUUACUAAAUUACCUAGAUUAGUUUGAUCGGUUUAAACACCUUUGGUAUUGUGUUUGCUUCCGUUGUAAUAGGGAGCAGGUUGACAACCGAUAAGUUGGAUAAACGAAUUAAAUGAAAGCCAAGUAUACAUAUAUUUAACAAUACCUUGAACCAAACCAUAGUAUCUAUAGCUAAUGCGACGAGAUCAUCAAAAAACACAAAACCAUCCAUGAGCAUCGCUGUUCAAAGUUCACAAUCAUUUAUAAGAGUGGAUACAAAAUAGUCAAUCAUACUUCAGUUAUAUACUUUACCGUCAAGCGCUCCUCAGAUAUCCUCUUAACACUACUCAAAAAGAUAGAUGUAUGGUCUAUAUGAAUAAAAUGUAACACUAUAAGAAACCUGAAAAGUCAACUGAAUCGGAAGUACUCUUUAUCACUUGGGAGCGUAGCCGUAGUGCCAAAGAGAUAACUACCGGUAACAUGGCUUUUUUUCAAGUGGUUUUAGAUAAGUUACCUCUGUACUGUUAAGGCGUUAACGUUGACGACGAAGUUGUAUGUUUGUUUAUUUAUUUGAACACAAAUAUUGGUACAAGGAGGCACCAAAUAGAUAUGCGCCAUAUAAAUCAUUCGAUUUGUGUGUGGGCUGUGAUACUGCCCAAGUGACCAGACCGAAGCAGGUGGUUUUCUUAAGGAGCCACACCCGGAGCCUUCGACUUAAAGAUCUGAUCCACAAGGCAGUGGAGAAAAGUCAGAAGAUGCAGUUACAUGGUAGCCGGUGACCAAUAACUGGUUCAUACUCCAUUUGUUCCGUCAGGAUACUGGAGCCCAUGUGCUCCACUGGUUUGUAAUCAGGGUUUUCCAACUCCCGUAGGUAAAUCCUCCAUAUCCACCAACUCGGUUAAAGCUCAGAAGUUGGCGUUUCGUCCUCUUAAUUCCGUAAACAACAUGAAUGCCGCGAGAUGGUAGUGAUUAUGACUUCCGUGACAGCGGCUGUAUACGCGUGGUCAUGUGAGAGGAUUUGGAGAGGGAGAGCUAACUCCUCACUCGACCAUACCAGGGCAUUUGUGUAUAUCUUCCCUAGUCCCCUCCGGUCUUUGUAAGAAUUUAGUGUUCCUGAAGGUUCUGAUUGUCUGAGGGUAACAUCCUACUUCCGCCACACUUCUAUACAAUUGGUAGUACCGCUUUGCCUUCGGACCAUGAGCUUUCUACUCACCAUUCUCGAAUCGACGUUCCUGGCAUAAUAGGAUUUAUAGAAACAAGUUUUCUAGCCACUAUAACUCGAAUGGGUUACCAUGGAGAAGCUGUAGAAGAGGUGGAAAUUCUUUACACACUUGGAGAGUAUCAUUGAUAAACAAGGGCGAUUUGAUGCUCAUGUGAAGGCAUGGAUGGGGAAAUCAAGAGCAGCAUUACUACAAUUGAAGAAUACGUAUGACUCGAAACGACUCAGCCAACACCAAAGUCAGGUUUUUCAAUGCAAACGUCGGUAGAAUUUUAUUAUACGGGGUUUAAACUUGAAGAACUACUACAACCAUCAAUAUAAAGGUACAAGUAUUUAUAAACAAGUGUCUACACAAGACAUUAAAUCCAUUGGACAUGCACUGUCAGCAAUAACUUAUUGUGGCAGAGGAAGAUCAACCCUCCGUUGAAGGGGAAACUAAGAAAAGACACCUGGGUUGAUAGGACACAUCGCGGUAAUAAUCAAACUGCAUCCCAAAACACGCCCUAACUUGGAAUCUUGAAGGCAAAAGGAAUGGAGAUAGAUCAAGAAACACGUAGCUUCGGUAAUUGGAGAUCGACAUCAAAAGAAUAGCGCUUGGGGACGACUUGUAAGAAGGUCUAAGGUCGGAGUAGGUUGGAGUAUGCUGGUCGGUGACCUAUGAUUCACGGGUGUUAACAGGAGUAAUUAAGGGUCACUGUGAUAGGCAAGUCCGACUAUCAUGUGAAGGUUGAUGCUACGGUCUGAUAUAUUCACCAACCUAAUAAUGUCCUUGAAAUGAAAGGUUUCUUCAUGUGAUUAUCAGAUUAAGAAGCUAUGUCCUUAAUGAAUGUUUAGAAUUGAAGAGGGAUAGCGAAAUCGGGCAACUCAGAUUAAUUCUAUUCUUAGAUGGGAAGUUCGCCAUUAUCCCUUCCUAUGACAUUUGCUACAACAAUGCUCUUUAUGUGGGCAGAACCUUUUAUAAUGCCAACCGCCACAAGACCAACAUGGGGAUGAGGGCUGAUUGUCUGUGUGCGACAGUUUUCUUGGGUAGGAAUCUUUCUUUCCGCUUACAGCAUGAACGUAUGGCAACUGGCCAUUAUUUUCAACCAUGGAAGUGUCAUGCUUUAGGUUUACCAAUCUCUGGCCCUCUGUAUUUACUUCUUGUAGUGUCAUAUUCGGGCAUUGUUCAAUUUUACUCAAAAUUCUGGUUCUAAUAUCAGCAUCUUCGGGAGAUUGGAGGCUGCACACAAACACGAGACACUUAAACUGAUCUUCUGUCAUUGCUGAUAGUUUGAAGCGCUCACAUUCACAGUUUAGCAACCCCGCAUGCUUCACCCAGUCAUCAUCACCUGCCUUUGUUAUCUUGAGACAUUGAUAACGAAUAUUAAACAAGGAUGACUGUUCAGCAAAGAUUUGCAACAAAAUUUCAGUCGUUGCAUCAAAAGAAAAAUCUCGUGGAUUCUUUAGAAGGAUAAAGUUACUGUAACGUUCAUGUUCAAACGUUCCAAGUUUUCGCAAGAGUAUUCUGACCUUAGCGGCGUCAUCGAGUUUUUUUAAGUCGACCUUAGACAAAUCUUCAUAUUUCUUGAACCAGGGUUCAAAUGUAAUGCCAGCCGAACCAUCGGAAUUAAAUUCAUGGAUGAAAUUAAUGAUGUGGUCAACAUGAGAUCUGAAGGGAUCAUCUGUAACUUUUUGAUUCAGGUUCAUUUUCUGGGUUAGCAUCUCUAUCAUGCGCAUCUGGAACUGUUCAAAACAUUUUUCUUGACGUUCCAGCAAGGCUUCAAAUUGUUCAAAGGUAAAUGACAUCUUGAUACGAUAACUCCGUCGCCGGUUGUUAUAUUUUGAAGGUUGUUUUCUUAAUAUACCGCGUAUAACUGAGCACUAGAACACCAAAACCCUUCCAAGUCGCUAUAAGAAGACAGAAGACUAAUGAAAGGAAUAUUAUUCCAACAGUGUCAUUUUUAGCACACAAUUGUCAGCUAAAGUAUCGUGGAGAUAUCAAUUCAAGUCUUGAAACCAUAGAUGUAGUUGACAGUCGUUUCAAAAUGUGUUCUCUAGUGAAUCAAAAACACAUAUUUAUUUAUUUGAACACAAAUAUGUUUUAUAAUUCAAAUUGGAUUUAUCAGUUCUACUAUUGAAAUGUUCCAAAUAUAUACUCGUGCUGUUGACGAGUGUUUUUUGCACAGCAAGAAUACCCGAGUGAGACUAUCUAUGAUACUGCAUAUCUUUAAUUUCAUACAAGUCCUUCCUAUUUUUAAUCCGAACAAAUCCAUUUUCGCUUUUAGAAUUGACUAAACAAGCAUUUAUGGACCAUUUUGCCAUGCUACAUUCCCCCGCCUACGCAUCAACAAUUCAAUCAGAACUUGAACGCGAACACAAUCGACAAGCUGAGUUAUUAAAACACACAAAAUUUUUGGAACAGUCUAUCGCUAAAUUGCAUUCAGAUGGGACAGAUUUAUUAAAUCGGUUCACAAAACGCCUAGGUAUCCUAAUCACCACACCGGCUGCAUUUUUCUCUCAAGCUCGAAGGUUAAUCAAACAGCAUCAUGUUUUGGAGGAGAAGAUUGCUGAAUUUCGAAGGCAGAUAUCACUACUAUCAUCUGCCAAUCAAGAAUUAGUGAGACGUCACCAUAUUGAGGCUGCACGUCUUUUAGCCACUGCAACAGCGAUUAAAUCAGAUAAUUCAUUUCAAAAUCAACAUCCUACAUUGAAUAAGUUAAUCUGCUCUGGAAACGAUGUUAAAGUAACUGAAAUAAAUAAAAAUGGAUUUCAUUAUAAUUCUGACAAUAUGUUACCAUCUUCCACUUCUUCUGAAUCAAAUUAUCGAAAUGCUAUUUCGCUGAACUCAGUAGUGAUACCACCACCACCAUCGUUAACUAAAGUUUCUCAUAAUACACUAAACUGCAAUAAAUUCGGAAUCCCUUCAAUUGCCACUUCAGAUAACUUAGUAUCCGCUCAUGAAAUGAAUCAACAGCAUUCACUGAAUCCUAUAAAAUCUUCAAAUAUCAAGCUUAGAACAUCAAACGGUGCACCUUCAGUUUUGCGUAAUAAUACUGAUGUUCAUAGAUUUGCACCGGUAUUAAUAAAAACUGUGAAUACAAGUAACCAUUCUGCCGUUUCAGUUCACACUACCAAUAAUAAGGCAGAUCGCGAUCAUAAAGUUAUUACUGAUAAUAGUAAUAAUCAUAACAACACUAAUAAUACCACUAAUAACGGCACUAAUCAUAGAAUUGAUAAACACAUGAAUAUACCUCCUCCACCACCUUUACUCCCUAUGCACAUUCAUUCGGAUGUUUAUGUGGAUGGUGCAUUAUCAUCCGCUAAAUCUCCCACCGAUUUCAACAAACAUAAGUAUUGUAAUAGUAAUAAUAAUCCUUCAUUACUCCCCGAACUGAAUCGUUCAUUUAUUACAUGUAGAACCGAUUAUGAUAUGUCACUUAUUCAAUCAAAUUAUCGUUCUCAUACCAAAUCAAUGCAUGCUUCUCUCCAAGAUUUAAUUCUUGAUGAGUUCUCUCGUGAAACACCAUGUAUUUCGGUGAGUAAUUGUCCUACUGUUACUAAAACUAAUAAAAACAGAAAUGUUUACAGUAUGUCAGAUUCUUCAUAUAGUUGUCAGUACGAGAAUAAUCCAGAUCCCCUUUUUCAACGUCACAACCACCACAAUCAUAAUCAUAAAAUUCUUCAUCCUAAUUACAUAGAUUACAGUCACCAAUUGAAUUUACCACCACGUAAACGACACUGGGAUUCAUCUAACUACAAUCCUACAACUACUAAUAAUUAUGGUGAAGAGUGCGAACCCCCCAAAUUGUCUCGUGAGUGUAAGAGUACAGACAUGGAGACCUAGCUUUAGCCACUGCUAAUACUGCAUAUAAUACUAAUAGUUCUAACCUUUCUUAAAUAUUCAAGUGUAAAUUUGGUGUCCAUCGUCACUUCUUUUAUUGGUUUUAUAUCAUAUUUUCACUACACUCUCUCUAUUCAAAACUGUCAAAAUUGUUUACUUGCUUUAAAACUGUAUUUUCUUUUUGAAAUUACUUGUUUUCUCUUCUACAAUCUUGAUAAGAAAACGAAGUUACCGCUACAACUGUGAAAUUUAAUGUGCAUUGUUACCGUUCAAUGAUGAUUUAAUCUAAUUUCACACGUCAAUAACACAUAUCUAUAUUUAUGGAUGUAAAUACGUCUAUGGUUCUUUUACGCACAUUUUUCAUAUGAUUAGGAAUGAAAUUCCUUACCAUUUGUUUUUUCACAUACUUAUUUUCAAGAAAUCAUGUAGUACGUUUUUUUAAAAAUCUUAGGCAAUUAUAUUUCUCUAGAUAUAAUAAGAAGAAAGCUGUCCAUGUAUUGCUUACCAUAAUUUAGUCUUUAUAACGAAAUCUUUCAAAGAACAUGUAUGUAUGUACUUACGUGAAUAUAACAGAUAAUCACACUACUGUUAUCAUAAUUAUGCACAUUUCUGUUUUAAAUGUGUCUUUCUCAUAUCACCAUUGCUUUGAAUUUCCAUUUCUUGAAUGUGUACACAAGUAAAAGGAUGUUUCAGAAUGUCCAGUGUAAACUUCCACAGUGCAUCGACUUAUUCAUUAAGAGAACAUACGUUGCCAGGUUAUUUGUUAUAUUACGUUUUUUUUUAUCUUCUAGAAUUUUUUCGAGAUUGUUACUACUUACUUUUCACUGAGAUAUAUUGUUUUUGCAUCUAGAUGAUACAUUUAAUGGUAGUUAACGUUGUCUUGAUACCUACACAGCUUUAAAAAGUGUUCCUAUUGUUGUCCAGAUAUUUAACUUCUCAUCCAGGUCUACUAGUUUAUAUUUCUUACUAACAAUUUUUGGGAAUCAAAUAGGUUUAUCUCUGCGUAUAUUUCAGUUACCUUGUAAAUAAGGUGUUAACAAUGUCAUCUUAGUGGACAUUUAUAUGGUGAUUAUAUCUGCUGGUGUUAUUGUUACAGUGGUAAUGAUUAUGUCUAUUUGAUAUUCAAACUUUUGUAAGUUCUUGUUCUCUGGAAGUUUUUCUAUUCUCAAUGGACUAAAAGUUGGUGGGAUCAUAUGCGUGUCUGAUUUUGCCCAUCAUUGAAACUGGUUACUAUUCGUUUCGGAAUGAACAGAUACAUAUUGCUUUCUGUAUCUUCAGUUUGUAGACUUGGAAAUUUUCCUAACAAUUUGUACUACUAUUACUUUCUAUUAUCAUCUAAUUGUGAGGAUUGAAAUUUUAUUAUGUAUGUCAAUUAUGCUGAUGAAUUUUAAUAAGUAAUUUCUUGUUUUCUUACUGCCACGUUCCUAAUAUCUUGAAAGAGAAAAUUUAAAAGCCGUUUUGUAUAUUGACGUUUAUCUUUCUGAUUUUACCCAUUUGUGAGCGGUCUUAAUAUUGUCCUCGUUUGUAUUAUGGUAUUUCCUUCAAUAAUAUCUCAUACCAUUCACUUAUUGUGUAUCCUGGGCAUUAUGAAGUAGUUUGUUUUAAAAAUUAAGUUUUCUCCUUCAGGCGUUUCCCUCUAUUAUUUAUUGAAGAGGGGUAAUGAUACUUCCCUGUAUAUACAGAAGGUAUUAUAAGUUCGAAUAUGUGGCUCAGUGGUUUAAGCGUCCCUACAUCACUGUGAACUAAAUAACUUUGUUUCUCGACAGGUUGAUUCCAUAGCUUUUAUUUAGUAAAUUAAGAUCAGUUCACGAAGUUUAGCAGAAUCAUGAUUUCGAUACCUAAGUCUACUCUUCUGACAUUAUAUCUUGGAACGCCAUACAGCUGUCUGGCGUACCAUAGUAUCUGUUUCCAACAUAACAUCACUACGUGCACUGAUGACAUUUCAUAGGGACACCAUUAUUGGCCUUCUUUCAACUUAUCUCCAUCGUUGCCACCAUUUUACGUCACGGUAUAGAGUGUUCACUCUUCUUGGUGGGUGUUUACAAUACUAUUCACAGUUGGUUAUAUAAUAUACCCUUGUGGGCCAGGGUAAUUUUACAUUGGUUUUCA